AUGGACACCGCGAACGGGGUAGUUGCCGAUGCCGGUGCCGUAGCACUGCCGCUGCUUUUGUUGCUGUUGCUGAUGACAGUCGUGGCCGCGUAUCACCGCCGCCGCCGACCGCUGCCGAUCACCAGCUCGGACACUGGGGACGCACCAUCGCCAACGGUGCCCAACGGUCCGGCCGCGUACCCGAUAAUCGGAGCCCUACACGCCAUGGACGGACACCGGGACCAACCGUUCCGUCGGUUCACCGAGCUGGCUCGCCUGUACGGACCCGUCUACGCCAUGGCCAUGGGCUCCGUACCGUGCGUAAUCGUCAACGAUUACCCAUCCAUCAAGGAAGUGCUGAUUACGAACGGCUCGAAGUUUGGCGGCCGUCCCAAUUUCAUCAGAUACAACGUGCUUUUUGCUGGCGACCGGAACAACUGUAAGUAUAACAUGCAAACACCGAGGCGAUAACUAAUACUGAACCACGCAGCGCGAUAACUAAUACUGCACCACGCAGCGCAAUGCUCUUUCGAUUAUAAUUUAUACAAACCGGUACGGUCGUGUCGCGGGCGUCGAGGCAUUAUAAUAAUAAUAAUAAUAAUAAUAAUGAUGAUGAUGGUGAAAAAUACAUCGUGCGAUUAUAGUCGUACACGUUAUCAUUAACUAUAAUGCGGCACAUUGCCUGAAAUGCGUGUAAAUUGUAUACACACGUCGUCGAUGAAUCUUUAUGCAAUUCGUAUGACUUGGCACACGGUACAUUUUAUUGCAUUGUGUUACCCGCAAAACAGACAAUAUCAGCACAUACAUUUUAUUGAAAACCAUGUUGAAAACGAAUUCGAUUCGAACAACGGUUCGCUUCGUAGGUGUAUAUCUAUUGUAUAUACCUGUUUAAUGUUCAUCAAACAAUUUUCGUCAAAAAAAAAAAAAAAACACGACAAAACCAUUAUACAUUACUGUAUCUUUGAUCCUAGGAAAGAAGGGCUUAAAACAAUUUUUUAUAGUAUUCGACGCAAGCAAAUUAAGUGUUUAACAUAUAACGAUAUAAUGGCAUAAUUAUUGCUAAAUGUCCUAAUCUAAAUAUGUCAACAAUUUGCCAAACAAAAAGUACAUCAUAGUGGCUUAAAAUAUUUCAGUUUUCAGUAAGUAAGUGUGAUAGAAUAUGCCGCUUAUGCCAUAUUUAGACCAAAAUAAAUGAAAAUAAAUUAUAAAAAAUGUCAAAUUCAACUUGAGCUCUUUUUCCGUGGAACGAAAGAUACAAUAUCAGAGAUUUCGUUGACGUGUAUCACAUUUUUUUUUUUAGUUGUACCGAAAUAUUUACCACAGGUACAGUGAUAAUUUGCAUGUAGACAGUUCUAAAAUUAUAUAGAUAAAUUUGUUUUAUCAGUCUAAAUAUCCAGCGUAACAAUAAACGGCAAAUUCGAUAAUAUAUAACCUAUUUAGUAAAUUCAUAUUGUCAGUUUUAUUUAUUUCCUAUACAAAUGUAUAAAUAUUGGAAAUAAAAUUAUCGGUGAUAAUUAAAAGUGGUUAUGGAUUAUUUAAUAGAGGGGUCCUGAAUAUCAAUGUUUGUAAUAAGAGUGAAUUAUGUGUGUUGAACAAAGACUUUAACUCCUUUAAUUAUUUCGUAAUGGGGAGGUUAAACCUCAAACCCCUCUUACCUACACCCCUUAUGAUAGGUACUUCCUGCUAGGAUCAUUUAAGUAUAUUACAAAAAACCCAUACUUAAGUAACUACAUCUUUAUAAUUGUUUUUAAUAAAUAACAUUAAUUUAAUUUUUUGAAAGUUUGAAGUCUCACUAUAUUAUUCAUUAUUUCGUUAACAACUAAUAACAGCGUGAAAUACAUUAUAAUAUAUUUUUGUCGAUAAAACAAUUCAAACCGAGAAAGACCGAGUCAGUUAUCACUUUAUCAGUUGUGUUUCAUAAAACGAAAUUACAAUAUUGUACUAAAAUUAUAACUAAAUAUACUUAAAUAUAUAUAUAAAGAUUAUAUUGAACUUCAGUACCUAAAAAAUGCGUAUUUUGUAGUAGCCUGCAGCAGACAAUCGAAUUCAGCCGAAUUAAGUACCUACGUCAUUAUUAGAAUAUCUUUCAAUAUCGUGAAAAACAAGAUCAGCAUUUUCACAUAUUACAACUAUUUUUUUUUUCUCGUACACCAUUAAUAUAGCUAGUUCAGGAAACAAUAAACAAUAUUGUGUAUUUAUAAAUAUAAUUUAAGCCAAUCAUAUUAUUUCGUUGGCGUUGAGUUAACGAGAAACGAAACAAUAAAAUGACCCUUAAAUAGGUUAUAGAUAUAUACUACGUGUUAAUACGUGUUAAACAAAACGAUUUUUAAAUAACGCUAUUUUAUUUAUUAAAAUAAUAAAAAAAGCAUUAUAGUGUCUAAUAGCAACAAAAAAUUUAGGUACCUUUAUAGAUGAUAUUUCUUAGUUUCUUUCAGUAUCUAACAAACAUAAAUACCCAUAUAAUGUACAAUGACUGUGAAAUUUGAAUAUCUUCUCUUUUUGAAGGUAUUACCUACUAUACAUUUUAUAUUGUAUACUAUACAAAAAUUGUUUAAAACUAUCAAUUUAGAAAACGCCACUCGAAAUAUACAAUUGAAGAAAUUUAUGCAACGAAUUAAAUGAUAAAAAGGGUCCAACAAUUUUUUUUAAAUUUAUAACAAUACUUGAAAUUUACUAAAUUUGUAUUCGGUAUAUUUCAACUCAAUAAAAAACAAUUAGAACUAUACAAAUGAAAAUAUUUCCGUAAGAAAAUAAUUUAUUAUACUUAGUACCUAUUUAUAUUAAACUAGGGGUUCAAGCAUAGGCAAAAAUGAUACGCUAGUGUCAUAAAUUAGUUAAACAUCAGCAUAUAUAAUAACAAUAAUGCAUAAUGUCAACGAUAAAAUAACAUAUUUCAAUAUUUUUCUUUGUAACUUGACAAUUAUAUUGAGUGAAAUAAUUUCCUUUCUUGGCAGUACAUUUAUUUUUUUAAAUACUUUUUUUUAACUAAAUAAUUUUUUUAUAAAAUAAAACAAUAGAUUAGUUAUUAACCUAUAGUUAUUAUUGAAUUUCAGUUGCUAAACUAAACAGGGAAAUAAAAAAUUGCUUUCAAUAACGUUCAAUGGGAAAUCGAAAUUAAUAUUGAAUAUAUCCUAAUAUACUAUAGAAACAUGAUGCUUUAUUUUUAAAAGGUUGAGUAUAAAUGAACCUGCAGGCUAAAAUAUUUAUCGAAUAUCUUAUACAGCUGCAAAUUUGAAUUAUUAUAAAUUUAUAAUAAAUAAAUAAAUUCUAAUUGAAAAAUAUAAUAAUUUCUAUAAGCUUAUACGCAUAAUAAUAUCAAAGAAUACAUAAAGAUAUUUUUAUUAUAAGGUGUCAUUAUUGAAUUAUAACUAAAAUGGUACUAAAUAUUUACCGAUUCCAAAAAGGAAAUUAUGAAUUAUACAAUUGGUACAAAUAAAUAAUAUUAAUAAUACGAUAUAUUAUGGUUUAUUUCAAUUCUCAAUUUUUAAACUUUAAUGACUCAUAAAUUAUUUUUUACGUACAAGCUUACGAUAAUAGAUAAAAACCUGAAAAUAGUAUCGAUCUUAAUUUAUUUUUAACGCAUAUUCCUUUUGAACAUUUUAAUAAUACCAGAAAGUAGCCUAAUUAUGAUUUAUAUGUAAUUUUUUUAUUUCAGCCCUGGCACUGUGUGAUUGGUCGUGGCUUCAAGAGACUAGACGAAAGAUAGCUCGAAUGUACUGUUCACCAAAAGUUUGCUCUUCCAACUACGGUCUUCUCGACUCUAUAGCGUCCGACGAGGUAGACGUAUUUUUUAAGUCGCUCGCCACAACUACCGCGUGCGAUGGAUCCGACUCAGUUGUGCAGUUGAAACCAUUACUGUUAAUGGCCUGUGCCAACAUGUUCGUCCGGUUCAUGUGCUCGAAACAAUUCAGUUAUAAGGACCCUGAAUUCCAAACCAUGGUUCGGACGUUUGAUGAGAUAUUUUGGGACAUUAACCAGGGUUACGCGGUGGAUUUUUUACCAUGGUUGCGGCCGUUUUACGCAGGUCACAUGAAACAACUGUCCGAAUGGUCGGCAUACAUCAGGCGUUUCAUUAUGGACAAUGUUGUGUCAACAAGGAGUAGUUAUAUAAAGGCCGUAAUGGAGGCUAGCGAUGCCGACGGUAACCGUUACUAUCAUGAUGAUGCUGAUGACAAACAAGAACCGAAUGAUUUCACCGAUGCCCUGCUCAUGAGCCUGCGUAAAGAGCCGGGUCUCAAAAUGGACCACGUGCUGUUCGAACUCGAAGAUUUUAUUGGCGGUCAUUCGGCUGUCGGCAACUUGGUCAUGCUGGCACUAUCCAUGGUGGCCACCAGACCACAUGUAGCUCAAGCUGUCCGGGACGAGGCUGAAAGAGUCACGGGCGGACAACGUCUGGUCCGCCUUUACGACAAAUCGGAAAUGCCGUAUACCGAAGCUACACUGUUUGAGACUUUACGCAUGAUCUCGUCUCCCAUCGUUCCUCACGUGGCCACCGAAAACACUACAAUUAAAGGUGAGAAAAACAAUAUAAAUUACGCAGAGUUCAACGUCAACUGUACAAUACAUUCCUAUAACUUAAUGCUUAAUGUAUGGAGUCCGGAUUAAUAUUGUUUUAUAUCUAAUGUAAAAUAAAACUGAUAAAUACAUUAAAAUGAUAAUUUCGAAUGUUCAAUCUUGCCUCGCAGUCAUUUAUAUAAUAUAAAUAGGAUAUAUUACGUUGUAUAAAAUAAUUAAACGUUGAUAUCUUUUCUUUUCGUGUGCCUAUGUAGGUUUCAAAAUCGUCAAAGACACGUGCAUAAUAAUCAACAACUACGAGCUCAACACUAGUCCAGAGUACUGGGAAAAUCCCGAAUUAUUCGAACCCGAACGAUUCGUCCAACGUAAACCCGACGCAAAACCGUGUAUUAAAAAACCUGAGUAUUUUCUACCGUUCAGCACCGGAAAAAGAACGUGUAUUGGGCAGCAAUUGGUUACCGGGUUCGGGUUUGUUUUGCUGGCCUGUGUUCUCCAAAGGUACGAAGUAAAAGCCACCGAUCAAUUGGCGAUACCGGAAGCACGCAUGGCUCUUCCACCCGACACGUACCCCUUGAUAUUGAAACCAUACAGUAACGGAUCUCCAUCAAAAAAUGAGAAGUUUUAAUAAUUUCGCUUGGUAAUUCUAUAAAAACACACGAUUCUAAAACUAAACACUAAUGUUAUCAGUGUGCAUCCAAUAAAAUAGACAGGCAUACUUAUAAGUUAUAAUUAUUGUACACAAUGUAUAAUCAUUAUUGUAUAGGUGUCUAUAUUAUUUUUACAAGACUGUUUGAUAUCAAGACUUACAAGACUUUUUAUUCUUAGGAAUUCUACAACAUAAUAUUUAUUCAGUCCAUAAUCUAUUGUUUUAAAAGUAUAUAUUAUACUGUAAAAAUGUCAUAAUUUUUUUUUCUAAUGUAUGGGUCGUCUAUAUAAAAUGUCAAUUAAAUAUUGCAUAUUAUGAUAACUGAAUAUUUGUUAUAUUAGAAAAAAAAUUUAAGCACAUUAAUAUUCAAACAAUUUCCCUUUUAUAGUUUAAUUUUAAGAUUAAAAAUAUUAAGGUUCAUAUUUAGACACACUGUUAUUAGGCACAACUAUCUUAAUGUCAUGAAAUUUUAAACGCAAAACAUAUCCAAUUUGUCAUGCAUCUAUUAAUUGUUAAAAAUGUUUUAUUACGAUUAAUUUAUAAUAUAGUGGUGGGUCGAACUUCAAUUGGUAGGAACUCGAACUCGAAUUUAAUUUUUUUCUGGGACUUAUAACGAUUAUUUUAGUUUUAAUCCAAAGGACAAAAAACACAUAAUAUUAUUAUAAUUAGGUACGAAGAUGCAUUUAUUUUUUUCCUUUUGAUACAAACGAAUAUAUCAUAUUCACC